AGAACGUCUGAUCAAGAAAAAGUGAGARAAAACAUGAGGCAAUGGCUAUCGACCUCCAACCAAAUACUAAGUACCAACUUUUAUCAGGAGGCCAUUUAUGUGAAGAUAAGGUYGUAAUACAUGUGAAACUAACUGACUCAUGUCUUCGAGCGCUCGAAGGCUUCAAAAGUCUCAAGGGGAGCUCGAAGCAAACUCCAAAAAUUAAGUUCACAGGACAAACUGGGAAAAUCACAAUACCUACAAGCGGAGAUGGAAAACAGCAGUUUAUGUUCAACUGUUCUAAGCUGCAGUCAAGAGACAGUCAAGGAUGCCUGGAUUGCAUCCAACAAUCAAGCAAUUCCAAAUCUGUUAUGUCAUUUGGUAGCAUUAAUCAUAAAAUGAAUAUACUGGCUACGGACGAUAGUUAUAAAAUGACGCAGGACCGAAUGAAAGUGGCUGAAGAACAGAGACAGGAAAUACGAACAAAAGUAAUUAACACUGUGGCACCUGGAAAAGGAAAGAAAAACAGACAUACAACCAGACAAAACAACAUAUUGAAGUCAGUGUCAAAACCRAAAAUCCCUCAUGUGGUAAAGGUAUCAAAUGGAGCCAGCAAAUCUUUAAGAGACAGAGUUAUUCAUUUGCUCGCCAUAAGACCAUUUAAGAAACCUGAGUUGAUUGACAGACUAAGCAGAGAUGGAGUAAGACUGGACAAGAACGCAUUAACAAAUAUAUUACAGCAGGUUACAUCCCUGGACAAUAACCAAUAUAAUCUACUUAAACAUAUUUACACCGAUAUCAAGGUUGACUCAUGGCCAUAUAAUGAUCAUGAAAAGCAAAUUGUACAGAAAAGAAUUACCAAUUCAAAAGAAGAUUCAAAAAAAUAUUUACGGAAGAGUGACCACAAUGCAGAAAAGCCUUUAGAAUCUGUGAACAAAAAGAGACCUUCUGAAUCCGGCCCAUACACAAAUCCAGUCAAUAAGAAGCAAAGAAUUGCACGAGUUAUCAAUAAUAAUGUUAGCAAGGAAMCCAAAGAGAAAGACAAAACAAAACAAAAAGAUGUCGAUGCAAAUCAUAGUGUAGAUAAAACGGAGAAGAGAACAACUUCAACAAUACAAGAAAAUACUUCCAAUGAAUCCCAUUUAGAUUAUAAAACAAAAUACAAACAAAUUACAAAUUAUGAGCAGCGCUUAUCUUACCGAAGAGAUUUUGAGGUGGAAUUCAAGGAGUACUCGGAGUUACAAAAUAAGAUAAAUUCUGUGACCAAAAAAUUUGAAGAACUCAAGGAGAAACUUGAAAAAUGUCACCAGGGCAGUAAGGAAAAAGGGGUGAUUGAGAAACAAGUCCUUGCAUUAUAUCAGAAACAGCAACAGGACCCAACAUGGGAAGCCAACAAGAAACGGGUUCGUCAUCUCCAUGAUAAACUAGCUUACAUCAAAGAAUUGAUCAAAGAAUAUGAUGCUAGACGACAAGAACAAAACACAUAGCACACCAGGAACUCCUGACAGUUGAAAGGACCGAAUUAUUCGUCAGCAAUCUUAAGAUAUUCAUUUGAGUGCCGAAGUCCAUUAACAAUUGCCAUUUGCUUCCGAAGUGUUUUAGUGUUUUCCACKAGCAAUACGAAAACACUACGAACCAUCGAGGGCUUGUGCACCAAUUUUCUUGAACAAAACUGAAACAAACGUUUCAAGCUUUUGCGGGAUACACUCUAMACUGAGAUUGUUGUAAGAAAGAGAUUCACCCUGACAAGGACAAUGGCAAACGAUAAAAUACCAAAGAAUUAAUAAUAAGAUAUUUAGAAUACGUGUAUUAUAUGAAUACAUUGGAAAUGUUUAGAAUUAUGAUAUUUAGGUACUAUUUUUGUGAAGGGAACGUUAACUUUAUGUCAUUAAAUGCAGCAAAAAUGA